AUGGAUUUCUACCCUUCGGCGGCUGCCUCUCCAGGUAUAAACAAUGCCGCCCUUGACGGCAAUGAGAAUGGAGACGAAGAUGAUUUUUCAAGCUUUUUCGAUUCUAACGGGGUCAGUGGUAACAACAACAAUACAAAUGAGCACAACGGUAACAGUGUCUCACCGCAGGCGAUACUGGCAAGAAAUUCCAUCAGCGAGAUAAGUCGUCCCAAUUCUAAUCCCGGAGCCUCUAUGUCUCCUCAGCAGGUAUUUACAAACCAGGCUGGGCUGCCUCAGCAAAUUCUGAUGAUGAACAGCGGUACAAACGGUGGUAAUGAAGGUGCUACGCCACAGCAGAUUUUGUCAAACCGGGGUUCUCCUAUUGCUGGUAACGAUGGCAGGAGUUUAGCAGGCUCUCCUGCUUCAGCGGCUAGUGAAGGCGUUCUUCACGGUAAUAGCAGUGUUUUCACGGACAGGGCGGCAACGUUUGCAGCACUGCGAAAAAAACAACAACAAGCGCAGGCGGCCCAGCAGGCUCAGGCACAGGCUCAAGUACAGGCGCAAGCUCGAGCCCAGGCGCAGGCUCAGGCACAAAUACAGGCGCAAGCUCGAGCCCAGGCACAAGCCCAAGCACAGGCUCAGGCACAGGCACAAGCCCAAGCACAAGCCCAAGCACAAGCCCAAGCCCAAGCCCAAGCCCAAGCCCAGGCCCAGGCCCAGGCCCAGGCCCAAUCACCAGCACAGGCGCCAACACCAACACCAGCGCAGCAGCAAGGUUUUCAAGGUGCAACUGCAGCUGCAGCUGCAGUUGCGGCUCAGCAGCAACAACAGAGAAAUGUACUACAAAACUUGAAUCCAGAUUUACAAAGACGGAUAUCUACAGAACUGAACAAUAAGCAGUACGAAUUGUUUAUGAAAUCUUUAAUUGAAAACUGCAAAAGGGAAAACAUGCCUUUGCAGACAAUACCAGAGAUUGCUGGUAGAAAGAUUAACCUUUUCAUCCUUUUCAUGCUCGUACAAAGAUUUGGUGGUGGUGAGCAAAUUUCUAGAAAUAAACAAUGGGGGGUUUUAGCUCAAAGGUUGCAAAUUCCUGACGUUCAACAGUUGACAGCAAUCUACUACAAAAUCUUAAUACCUUACGAGAUGUAUUUGAAAAGUCCCGAGGGUAUAAAGGAAUCCCAAACCAAAAAGAUAUUUUUCCAACAAUUUUUCCAGGAGUUACUAAAGAAAGUUCAGGUUUACUCAAAUAUAACCAAUAAUACUAAUGGCAACAGCAGUAGCAAUGGCACUAGUAAUGCUUCCCCUCCACAACCACAACCACAGCUACAACCGCAGCCGCAACCGCAACCACAACCGCAACCACAACCGCAACCACAACCGCAGCCAAUGUCAAUGAACGCUGUAAAUGCAAUCAAAUUGAAACAACAGCAGCUACACCAACAACAACAACAGCAGCAGCAGCAACAACAAUUCUUACAACAACAGCAGCAACAGCAACAAUUAGCUGCUGCUGCAUUAAGGGCUAAGAAACAAAAGAAGCCUCGUCAAAAGAAAAAGACAAAGAAAGAACUAGAGCUAGAGAGGAGGCAGCAAGAAGAAAUGAUGAAAAGACAACAACAAGCACUUUUGGAGCAACAGAGGCAACGAAAGAUUUUAAUGGAGCAGCAGUUGCAACAACAACAAGAGUUGUUGAAGAAAAAGUAUGCCCAAGAAAUGGCCAAAUUACCCAAAGUUUACAAAAGAGCUGUUACUAGAAAUUACAAACCCAUUACAAGACCUAUCCAGCACGCCAAAGGUUAUGAUAUUGGAUAUGUAUCUCAGAUCGGAGAGAAAAUUGAUGCCAAUAAGCCUAUAUUUCUGUUCCCACCAGAAAUAGGAAUUAUUAAUCUACAUGCGUUGACCAUGUCAUUGCAAUCGACAAAUUUGGGAGAGAUAAAGACGGCCCUGGAUACUUUACUAGUUACAAGUGCCGAUUCCGUGUUGAAAUUACCGUUCGAAAGAUAUCCCGAUUUAUUAGAUUCUCUUUGCACACUGGGUAUAAAUCUGCUGGCAAAUUUAGCCCAAGGUAAUUAUAACAUUUUCCAUACAAUCUAUUGUGAAGAGUAUGAUGUUGAUUCAAUCUUAUCAUCUCCUCAUACUCCUUUUAGCACAACCGAGGAAAGGUUCAAUAAAGUGUUUGAAAAUUACGUGAAAGAUUUGAAUGUGGAAAAUGACGGCAAUUCUGAACCUUUAGAAGCACGCGUUAAAGUUGAUUCUCUAACUGGUACAGAUCUUGAACAAGUACCUAUUACACCAGCUCAAACACCAUUGGAUUGGAAUGAAGAUGAUAAUGAAACGGAUUCAGUACCAUUGAAAGGACCACGGGUUUGGGAACCAUUGCCAGAACCACUAUCAAGAAGACCUAAUCAAGAUUUAACCAAUUUACACACACCAUCUUAUUUACAGGCAUUGAAAAGUGUGAAGGAAGAGAUAGAUAAUCCAUUUACUAAAAUGAACACCAGAGGUGCAGAAGAUCCAAAAGUUUUACUAAACGAUCAAAUUUCUACAAUUUCUAUGAUCUUAAGAAAUGCGUCUUUCUCAGAAAGGAAUUCAAAAAUUAUGGGGAAAAAUCCAUUUGUGAAAAGAUUUAUUACAGAUUUGAUGUGGUUAGUUUUCAUUCAAAGUGACAAAGUAUCGAGUAAUAGAAAGGGUCUCAAUUUUAAGAAGGAUACAGUGAUUACUUUAACCAAUAUUUCCCAUGUUUAUGAAGUCGAAAGUCAUUUAGACUGUUUUUUCGUACUAAUGCUCGCCUUAAGCUUUGGGGAACCCAAAAAAUUUGAUAGUGGAUCUGAUCAUCUGUCAUAUCCAGAGUACCUUUUGAAAUUGGGUAAGUACUACGGAUUUGGUGUGGAUGUAUUAUCUAAAUUGUUUUCACUGGCAUAUCCCAACAGAAGUUUCUUCAAAGAUAUCUUACUACCUCAAAUUGUUGAUAAUGAGAUUGAAGAGGAAAGUAAAGAUUGGAUUACCGCUCUUCGUUUAAUCAACGCCUACAACAAAGGCGACAAGUAUAGGUUGUUCAAUAACGUUUUCUCGUUGCUAGUUUCCGUGAUUCCAUUCAUGCAACUAAACACCUUACCAACUUUGAUAGAAGAAGUGGGACCUAUAAUUUCACAAAGUUUAACAUCAAUGUUAAUCAUUGUCAACUUCUUAGAAUCUGAGGAUUCUAAUAAAAACAUUAAAAAUAUGCCCCUAGUUUGGUUAAACUCUGAAGAAAAUAUUGGUUUCAAUUUAAGAAGGUUGAGUGAAGUGCUUUGUAACAUUAGCAUUCACACUGAUAAAAAUUUAAUUCAUUUAAAAAGAAUGUUUGCCUUUAUUAGCUGUAAAUGCAUCGAAUUAACCAGAUUACUCAUUCAAAAGAGUAUAGAUUUUACUCCAGGGACAGAAAAACUACAGACUUGUAGAUCUUUGGCCUCGAUACCUGGAUUACUACCUACAGAUACCCAAAUAUUCGCCCUCCUGUCCAAUCCACUAGCUGAUGCUGAAAUCUCCAGACAAGCUGAGCUGUUUGGUAAAUUAAACAAUCAGAUAUUAGCAACUUUGGUAGAAGGUGCUAAAUGA